CAAGGAGCAGGAUAUACUACUCGAUCGAUCAAAGCCUCAAACUCGUCAGAGAAUCAAUGGCGUCCUCCGCUAGAGCUGCACGUCUCAUGGUGCUGUUAGUCGUCGUCUCCGUCGUCAUAAUGAGCGGCUCCGUCUGCCACGGAGCACGCGACAUCAGUGGACACCCAGGAAUAUUCGACCCUAACCGUCCAGGUGCGUGCGGAAUGGGAGUGUGCCCAGGUCGUGGUAAACCCUACACCCGUCCUGGCGGCCCCUACGUCAGACCCUCUCCCCCGAACAAUGGCGACAUGAGUGGAGCAGCAACAGUGAAGCCCGGCCCUCUGGACCCUAACGGUCCUGCGUGCAUCCGAGGAGUGUGCCCAAGUCCUGGCGGCUCCUACACCGGCGGUCCUGGCAGCCCCCGCUACAAAAUGCCCCCCAGCAACGGCGCUGGCGCCGGGAUCGAACGACCUUGAUGCUUCCCUCGAUCUAUCUCGCCACUAUUUGCUGCCACGAGAUUACUGAACUGAUAGUAAUAUCGUCUCGUACUCUACAUAUACUCUGAAUAAAAUGCAAGCAAGUGUACGUGGCCCUAGCCUGAUAAGAAUGAGUAAUAAAGAUAAGCGAGCUCACUGUGUGUUAGGUGUCUUGCUACCUAUCCUAAUGCACGUGCCGAAUUUGUCUU